GCUGGCCGCGAACUUUGAAAAUUCAUUCGUUUCAUUCACAACGAUCAUACCAAAACUAAAUCAACAUGUCUGGACGUGGUAAAGGAGCAAAGGCAAAGAGCAAGGCCAAGAGCCGAUCAUCCCGUGCAGGGCUUCAGUUCCCCGUUGGCCGUGUGCACCGUUUCCUGAAGAAGGGCAACUAUGCCGGCCGUGUCGGUGCUGGUGCCCCAGUGUACUUGGCUGCCGUACUCGAGUACCUGACCGCCGAGAUCCUCGAGCUCGCAGGCAACGCCGCCCGCGACAACAAGAAGGCAAGGAUCAUCCCCCGUCACUUGCAGUUGGCUGUCCGCAACGACGAGGAGCUCAACAAACUUCUCGGUGGAGUUACCAUCGCCCAAGGUGGUGUCCUCCCCAACAUCCAGGCUGUCCUUCUCCCCAAGAAGACCAGCAAGUCUGCUUAAGAAGUUGACUUAUCUACAGGACAGAUCAGAUAAACGGCUCUUUUCAGAGCCACCAAA